UUACUGUUGCUAGGUAACGAAAUCAGAUACCAGCUCCCGCACUAAGAGUAGCUUUGUUUUACCGGUUAACGGUGUCACUUUUUUUUUCUUUUGUUGUUUGUUUGUUUGUUUUUUAAAUUAUUAUUAACAUGGCAGGAAACGAGAAGAAAACGGAGCCAUCAGUGGUUCACCAAAACGCAAUCCAUGUCGAGACGAUCCGGAAAGAGCAGAGACAGCAGAAGCUCCACACGGAGUUCAGCAUCAACCCGCACCGCAAACUACACAUCCUGCCAGACAAGCCCAUGUCCAGGAAACCACCUGAAGUGAUCGCAGACUCGGACUUCAUCCAGGCCUUUCACAAAGCCCGCCAGGAGCCCACCAAGAAAUAUGAAAUGCCACAGACUGAGAGUCAGGAGAUAGGAUGGCUGUCAGCAUCACUGAUGCCAUCAAAUCGCAGCGACAGGAGGUUAAACUUCCACCGAUUCAGCACGGACGUGACCAUACACCAAGAAACUGCCCUGCGUUUAUCCAACUGCCCCAAGACUGAAAUUAAAUCCGACCAAAAGUGAG